UGUCUUAAUUGCCCCAGUUACAUACAUCGCAACCAAAAGGAAAGCAAAUCGGGGGGGGUGUAAAGAUGAUGAGAUUUGUGCAAAAUUGUAGAGAGGCGGUUUUGAAAGCACGUUGCAAACCUUCCUAUUGCUUAGAAAUCGGGGAGGGGUUGCCUGGCUGGCUGACUGGCUGCUGUGUGUACAUUCUAAACCUGUCUCCUGUAGUGUCUCUCUUUGGAUUCCUCGCCUCGUUUUUUGCUGGUUAAAUAAGCCCGAGGCGGGGAAUGUGUGCAGAAUAUCAACGCGAUCAAAGCCGAGCUGCAGUAUGCGUCGUGGACUUGGGAUUUAAGGGAAAAGCCGUGAGUGUUUUCCAUGAGUAGUAGUGACGCAGACACGCCAGACAAGGCCUCGGUUACGACCACUGCAGUGGAGGGGAAGGGGAAGGUGAAUGGGGCAACAGCGACCUCCGUGGGCAAUGAGACCGGAUGCGUCCGCUGCGCAAUAGUGGCUCAGACAAAAGGAGGGGAAGGGCUUUAUGGCGAUAUUUAGAUCCGCCAGACAGGCUGUUAUCUGCAGAGGCAAAAGAAGUGAAUAGCCCCUGCGGUAAAGUGGGUGAAAAAAGCACCCUGAUUUAGGUUUACAGCCUGAGAGCCAUUGGCAUAGUGGCGUCUUUUCCUGCUCUGGAGGUGUUUGUCUAUUCUAAGUUUUAGUGCACAAAAAGGCGCACAGCCGCUUCUUUCCCUCCUCAGGUUGUUUGAUGUCUGUUGGCCAAAUAACGUGCAAGUACCAGCGAGGUGAUAGCCCGAAACUAGAAUGCACAUUAUAGACACCUUGUGUUUUUUGUUGUUGCGCAUGUGUGUGUGUGUUUGUGUGCUCCGCUUUUAAAUGCAGUAUAGCUGCAGCAGAGAAUUCUUGCGUGUUGAAUUGCCUGUGGCCUUGCGAGGGUGUUGGCCAAGCUCUUAUUUGCUGGUAAUAAAUAAAACACGCGGCGUGAUAUAUGAAAACUCAAGGUUGCUGCUUUAAAACCUGCUGUGGUGAGCUUAUGUUUAGAACCUAAUGGACUUUUACGCACGCAGGCACAAUUUUUCAAUUAAACAAAGUUGCUAUGUUUCCCCUCUAAUAUACAUAACCCUCAUUUAAUUGCUAAUCUUCAAUUGUAUUUUUCUUAGCUUGAGCAAUAAUUCACGCUAUUUUUUUCGGGUAAAUAUAUUUUAUCUCAUUUAUAAUUUAGUAUUUAAACUCAAUACAAAUUUAUUUUACGCACGUACUUAGCUAUAUAUAAUUCCACCAUGUUCCCGGGCAGCUUUGUUUUUCUUUGUGUUUUUAUUUGACUUAACACAUUUAAAAUCCAACCUGCAACCACAUUCACUGUAUUUUGAAUGUGCUCGUGUCCUGCUCUUCGCCACUCCCCGCACCAUUUAAUUUUAAAAGGAGAAAACCACAAACGCCACAUUACGCUUAUUUUAAGCUCCAUUUAAGUGUAACGUUACACCGAAGCUCCGGCUGCAAGCAGGCAUUGGAGUUAAUUUGUUAAUGGCAGUGAUGAUACCAAACAUAUAGGCCGAUGCCGAAGUGAUAACGGCGGUGCAAAAAAAAAAAUAAACGAGUUGGAGUUAAGCAGGGACACACCGGGUAACCGUUUUAUUUUAUUAAUUGCAAAAAUAACACGUUAAAGAAAUAUUCAGUAGAGUAGUUGAACUGAUUGGAUCAGUUCCAAACCAGCAGAUCAUUUAUUUAGCUGCUGGGUUUUUAUUUUUUUCAGUAUUUAAAUUUGUAGCACGCAUUAGUUAAUAGUAUUUACGCAACAACGCAAGUCACUGUUAUUUUAUUUUAUUUACAGCCGUUUGGUUUAAAAGCAUAAUUAUAGCCUGCGUAAUAAUAGUAAUAAAACGUCUGUAUUUAACAUGUAAGAAUUUAAAAUACCCCUGCUUCUUUGUUGCAUUUGUUAAUCUCAAUGAAAAUUUGUGAUUAAAAACUUUUUUUAUUCUUCAGAAGUAAUUUCACAUUGAUUGGUUUCUUUUUUACGCACUCACGAUAUAUAAUAGGCUGCUGAUUUUUAAAUAGAAAUUGUACAUAAUAUGCUCCUUCUAUGUUUUGAUUACAGCUAUAUGUGGAGUAUUAGAUGUUUGAGAAGUAGUUCCAACGUAUAUAAUAUCCUGGCAACUCAGGAAGGAUGUUGAUGAUACAAAAAAUGACACUACAUAAGCUUUUCCUUGUGUUUAUCGUUUUGGAGUCCUACAAACUGCCAUGUCGUCCAGCUAAAUGCAAAACUAAAAAAAUCAUAAAAUAAAAUAAGAAAUACCUGUUCACUGUGCUAUUAAACCUCCAUAUGGUUUGGUGUGUGUUAGUUAUUUCUGUAAAAUUAAUUUAAUAUUUGAAGCUCUUUAAAAGAAAAUAAACGGACACUGGAAGAUGUCUGACAGCCGUAUAAGAAACAAAUAAUAAAAAAAAUAAGAAUGGAAUUAGUAUAGUUGUAAUUUAUGAUCUGGUCCUCGUUUAAAUCCUUGAGCAAAAGUUUCUGUGAUACACUGGUGUUUAAAAUGUGUUUUGGUGAGCAGCAAUAGUAGGGUGCUUGCGUGUCGUAUAAAAGAUCUCGUAAAAUAAGGAUUCCAAAUACAUACUGUAUCGUUUUGUGUAACCAAGAAGGGCUUGUAACAGCAGUCAAGUGCCAGUAACACUGUGAUUUCUUUUCUCUUUUUAUUCCAGUCUUUCCAAUUUCCCCUCAGAAAGCAGAUCUUUCUCAUAUCUUGAUAAUUCUUAAAACUCGGGGUUGUUAUAGCAGAGCGGGUGAGUAUUUAAUGACCACAGGGAUUGAUUUAUCCUUUAUUGUUCAGCCUUAUGAUCACGUGCGUCUGCUGCCCAAUGGCAUGGCAGGAUGUCUCCCCAUUACUUUCCCACUGUAGUUCUCUGUGGGGCCAAGUUGCUACUUGAUUUCUCCACAUUGUUAUUUUGUGAGGCUGGGUUUACUGCGUGUGUAUGUGUGUGUGGUGUGUGCGCGCGUUUUUUACUUUUGCAUGUAUCCGUUGUAUGACUGCGUACAUGUGAAAGUCAAAUUUUUCUGCCAUGUCGACAUCUGGAACACUGACGAGUUACUACGUCGAUUCCCUCAUUCUGCCCGAGAGCGAGGAGCUCUCUGUGCCGAGGUACCCCUCCGGUCCUGGGCUCCAGCACGCCAGGCAGCCCGCCUCCCUCAGCGAGCACAGCGAGCUCGGGACUUGCACCUUCCCGUCCAAACCCCCGGUUUUCGGGCCGUCAUGGAGCCACGUCCCGGCUCAGUUCCCGGGCACGGUUUCCUCUGUGUACCAUCACCACUACGGGCAUCCCCAAGGCCCAGUGGCUGCAGACACAGACGGCCGCUAUCAGUCGUGGCUUCUGGAGCCCAUGUCCGGUUCGCUGCCCAUGACCGGAUUACCGACGAGCCAUCAUUACGGAAUCAAACCGGAGGGUUUGGGGACGCGAGCUGACGGCGCGCUGCCCGGAUCCCACACGGCGCUGCUGCUCUCCGAUUACGCCAACGGCACGGUGGCGACAGCAUCACCGGUGGAAAAGGACGAACUGUCCGUCCAGGCGGGGGACAUGAGCGGAGAGGGCGAAGAGAAACCUGGCCUGGAUCCAAAUAACCCAGUGUCCAACUGGCUCCACGCGAGUGCCACGAGAAAAAAACGCUGUCCGUACACCAAGCACCAGAUCCUGGAGCUGGAGAAAGAGUUCCUCUUUAACACCUACCUGACCAGGGACCGUAGGUAUGAGGUGGCGAGGCUGCUAAACCUCACCGAGAGACAGGUUAAAAUCUGGUUCCAGAACCGCAGGAUGAAGAUGAAGAAGUUUAAUAAAGACGGCGCACCGAAAGACGAGUGACUGAAGCGUGUAGAUUAAGCAGUAUUUAGGCUGAUAGCGAGCUUUGUGUGUAAAAGCUCUUAACUCUGCUGGACCUUGUUUUUAAACUCCAUUGUCUUAUUGUUCUAUAUAACAGCUCUAGGAUUAUUUGUCUUGUAAAAAAAAGCGCAUGUUGGGCUUUUAGUUUGAUGCGACUACCUUGAUAUUGCACAAUUUUAACGGUGCCCACUCGUUUUUUUUAAAUCUUUUUUUAAAAAUGUUGAUUUGAAUUAAUACCUCGUUAAGUGUAUCAGUUGGCCUGAUUCCUGUGCUUGUUUGUGUAUGGAUGUUUCUAACUGUGUGUGUUCUGGUUUGUAGCUGUAUUUGUUGUGUAUCUCAGAGCCACCUGAGCGCAUAGUUUGUAAAAAGAAAUGUAUUAAUUUUAUUGUUGUUUCUCCCUUACUGCUAGAACUAUGACUGAUGACCAUGAGGUUGAAUCUUAACAUAGAACCGUAGAAAAAAGAAAAGCAUAAAAACAGAUAAACAGGCGGUCGCUUUUUGAAGUUUAGGUGCAGAAACCCACAGAAGACACCUUCUUGGAAACUCAAAUUAAUGUUAUAGAAGCUAUAUUAUAUGACAUGAUUGACUACCUAAGCCCUUCAACUACCUACAAUAACCUUUUUCGAUGGCGGAUUAUAGUAGUUUCAUUUUGUUUAUUUGUUUUCUUGCUUGCAUUACUGAACUGUGUCUGACUGAAUUUCAGGGAGUAACAUUUUCAAAGAGCGUAAUGUUUGUUAGUGAGAGGACAUAAAAUAUAAAAAACACUGUAGGCUACUCAUUGAAUACCUCGCGGUCUGCUGGCCGUCUGACUUUUUUUGGUUCACAAAUGUAAUUUGUACUUUAUUUAUUAAAUAAAACAAAUUAUAUCUGCGAA